CAGAAAAUGCCGAUGAAGUACUGAAACCGAUGGUUUUAAGUUGACUUUAUUCGACGGAAGUGUACAGGAUAAAACGACACAAUGUUGAAACGGGAGAAUCUGAGGAAGAAUUUCCUCCGUGUGAAGCAAAUGGCGGAUCAGAAUUUGGGAAGGGCUGAGAAAUCUGAGGUCCUUUCUGAAGAUUUACAAACAAUUGAAAAGAGAGUAGAGCUUGUGAAAACCGUGGUGCAGAUAACAUCCAAGAAAGUGGCAGGCAGUCUUCAGUCUUCAGCUGGCAUGGAUGUGGAGAAAAGGCUUAGGAAAUUACCAGAAACAAAUUUGGCACAUAGUUUGAUAGAAAAUGCAAAUUUACUGGGAAAGGACUCUGUCAUGGGGAAUAUGUUCCAGAUGUGUGGUGAGUGUGAGAGUAACCUAGCGUCUAACGCCCUUCAGUAUGAAAUAGAUGUAGAGGCCAAGGUGUUAGGACCACUACAGGAGAUGUUUGAUAAUGAUUUGCCUGGUAUUGCCAAAUGCAAAAAACAGCUGAGCAAACUGACACUGGAUAUGGAUUCGGCUAGGAGCAGAUGGAACACGGCCAUGAAAUCAACUCAAGUCCAUGGAACAAAUAUGGCAUCUGCCUCUGCCAAAGCUGACACGAUUAAGGAGGAGUACGAGGAUUCUGUGACAAGGAUGGGGCAGGCCAGAGACACCCUGGCUACAGAAAUGUAUAACUUCAUCUCAAAAGAAGCUGAGCACAGUCAGAAGUUGUUAGUGUUAAUGGAAACCCAGGCGGAAUACCAUAGGAAAGCAUUGGAAAUUGUCAAGAAGAUGUUACCAAAGAUGAAGGAGGCACUAGAAUGUAAUCCACAUAAACCAGUGUUUGGAACGACAUUAGAUGAGCAUUUACGAGUGACAGGUCGGGAUAUCGCUCUGCCUUUAGAGGCCUGUGUUCUCACACUGUUGGAAACAGGGGUUGAGGAAGAGGGAUUAUUUAGAAUAGCAGGAAUGGCUUCUCGGGUGAAGAAAUUAAAAAAAUCCUUUGAUGCUGGUGUGAUUGACAUGGAGGAGUACAGUUUGGAUCCUCAUUCUGUAGCAGGUGUGCUGAAGCAGUACCUAAGGGAAAUGGCUGAACCUCUUCUGACCUACCAGCUGUACCAGGAAUUCCUUCAAGCAGCACAAAUGCCCCAGGACCAGAGAUUACAGGCUUUGUGGACAUCCAUACAUAACCUUCCAGAACACAACUAUAACAACUUUAGGUAUCUUAUUAAAUUUCUGGCACUUUUAGCUUCCAAGAGUGAUGUGAACAAGAUGACUGCCAGUAACAUAUCAAUUGUGAUAGGACCAAAUCUGUUAUGGUCCGAGGGAGAUAAUGGGCCCAACAUGUUGACCAGUGGGACCAUGAGUAAUCUGGUGGAGUCCAUUAUUUCUCAUGCUAAUUGGUUUUUCCCAGAAGCUAUAGAUUUUCAACAAACUACAAGGGGAACAGCUCCUCCCAGAAAACUGAAGAAUUCAGAAGAGACUGAGCCUGCGCCCCAGCAGUCGGACACACCCUCACAGUCCUCCGGAGGGAGGGCUUGUGACACAGCGUACAUGACAGCUUCUGGGGGGAUUUCAUCACGGGGCUCUGAUACUUCCUCUCAGGACCGCUUGUCCAGUGUGGGCAGUAGUGAGGUGAUAGCGGAGAGCACCUCCCCCUCUUUUCACUCGGUGUCAAGUACGGAGGACGACAUUGUACAUAGCAACGACAUGACAUGUCAGGGUCAAGGUGAUGGUUAUCAGACCGUGUAUGCUAGUGGUCGUAGACAAGUGGGUGCACUGCCACCACAGAGUAGCUUCUCCUCUGUUCGUUUGUAUACUAACCCACCAGCAUUACGAUUUAACCCACAGGACAUAGCCAAGUCAUCGCCACGCUCCGACAGUAAUUCUAGUCGCUCUUCUACUCCCCCGACUCCCAAGUCGGGAGGCAGUGUCCACUCUGAUGUGUACAGCACUGUGUUCGCUUUACAUUCCUUGGGUGAUGGGAACAGUAAUAAGGGGCCAUCUGAGUACCUCAACAAAGUGCGGGCAUUAUGGGAUGGCCACAUGCAGUACAACAAGCGCCCCCUGUCCACUGGUGGCAUAACUAACCCUAUCGGAGGUGGCAGCAGGGUAACCGAUUACCAGAGGCGUUCCCUUGGGCAAGAGGUGGACUUUGGUAACUAUGCACUAUAUGCCUCCAGCAAUGAGGGUCCAUUGGAGGGAGAACAUUCAUCAGACCAUGAGGGUUCCUUUUCCUCAGGGAACCAGGCAUCCAGUACAACUGGGAGUCCACGUGUUAGCUUGACAUCUCCCCACUCCCCUAAUAUGAACACCAGCACUUCCCCUUCAAGCACUACAGAAGAAAGCAACUCUGUAGGGCUAGCUGCCCCACUAGCUGAGAGUGAACAAACCAGUCCUAAAAUCCAGAGACGUGCAACAAGGAAACCAGCCCCUCCUCCUCCACCCAACAGACCAUUCUCUGUAGCUGUGACAGCCUCUGUCACUAAACCAGUCCAGUAUCAAACCUGGCCCAGACAGGGUGGAGUUGUUGAGCCAGAGAAUGCAGGUGGGGAGGAGACAUCAGACAGAAUCAAGGCUCCCCCUGAAAGGCCAUCUAUUCCUCCAGAGAAACCAAGCCAUGCUCCACACCGGUCAUCCACCAUAUCUCACAGUCACUCUGAGCGUCCUUCGAUGCCCCCACCAGACCGACCAAAGAUACCGCCCCCGAUGGCUCCCAUGCAUCAACGGUCAGCCUCGACAGGAAGUCCUAACUCAAUAUUAGUGACAUCUUUAGGGGACAGCACCUCCCCACAGAAUGGACAAGGUAGUCUGUCAUCCUCCAAAGCUGCACAAGACUUGACAUCAAUAGGAAUUUCUUUCAAAAAUGACUCUCCAUAGCUUCCAUCUGCCUUACAUGGAGUUAAGAUCUGUGAUCUUAGCAGCUGGUAGCCGCCAUUUUGUUUGGCAUGUGAUAACCAUGUGACUGAAACCAUGUGAUCAGAUUUUAGUGAGCAAUGAACUGUUUGUGGGCUGAACUUGAAUUUUUUGUGAUGUGCAAUAGCUGUGAUGUCAUGUGUUUAAAACAUUGGGUACGUGAUGUUUACAUACAGAAUAUUAGCACAGAGACUUGACAAAGACAUUGAAGGAGGGCUUCCAUAUUUCCUAUGGAGUCAAGUUCAGAAAUAUUUUAACAUUUCUGCCAUAUAUUUAUUCCUGUCAUAUUUUCAUUGGUACCUUUUGGACCACCUGUACGCUCCACACUACAGGUCAAACAGAAGGAGUAUUAGCAAUAUACCUUUUCAUGUUGAUAAAACAAAUUUGUUCCGAUGCAUCCUUGAAAAUGUGGGACAAACAUGAUAAAGAUUGAGCUGUAAACUAUCAUACAAUCCCCAGUAAAGCAGUUUUGACAAACUUACCCAGUGUUUGUGUGUACACAGCACCAUUGAUGUUUUCUAUACAUAACACAUUUUGAUUCAGUUACAGUCCUGUUGUAUCACCAGCGUGAUAUGUCAUUUUUAAUUGUUUGGCAUGCUUUUACACAAACACAAAUUAUAUGAGCAAUCAAACUUUGUCCCAAUGAAAAAGAAAGCAAGGGACAUGACAAGAGUCACCAGUGGUAUAUUGUAGUUACUCUAUGAUGUAAGUAACCUAAUUUGUAGGAUCAGGUAACUAUAUGACUAAGGGUUACUAUUGCUAUAGAGUUGUAGGAUCAGGUGACUCUUUUACUCCAGUGGUACAGGGUUGUAGGAUCAGGUGACUCUUUUACUCCAGUGAUAUAGGGUUGUAGGAUAAGGUGACUCUUUUACUCCAGUGAUAUAGGGUUGUAGGAUAAGGUGACUCUUUCACUCCAGUGAUAUAGGGUUGUAGGAUCAGAUGACUCUUUCUCCACUGAUAUAGGGUUGUAGGAUCAGGUGACUCUUUCACUCCAGUGGUACAGGGUUGUAGGAUCAGGUGACUCUUUCACUCCAGUGAUAUAGGGUUGUAGGAUAAGGUGACUCUUUAACUCCAGUGAUAUAGGGUUGUAGGAUCAGGUGACUCUUUCACUCCAGUGAUAUAGGGUUGUAGGAUAAGGUGACUCUUUCACUCCAGUGAUAUAGGGUUGUAGGAUCAGAUGACUCUUUCUCCAGUGAUAUAGGGUUGUA